AUGCACUUCACCACAGCUGUCGUCGCUACUAUCGCGGCCCUGGCCCCUCUUGCCAGCGCGGUUGGUAACGCAAAGGUCGUGAACAAGUGCAACUUCCCUGUCUAUCUCUGGUCUGUCGGUGGCUCCGUCAGCGCCCAGAAUACGAUCAACUCUGGAGCUACCUAUUCCGAGGUCUUGCACCACGACCCGGCUUCCGGCGGUAUCGCCCUCAAGCUCACCACGGUUGAGAACGGCUUGUAUAACGGAAGCCCCCAGACUAAUUUCGCCUAUACCCUCGAUGGUCAGCAAGUCUGGUACGAUCUGUCCGACGUUUUUGGUGAUCCAUUCUCCAACCACGCCAUUGGCGUCAAGGCCGCUGCGAGCUGUCCGAGCAUCUGCUGGCCUCAUGGCAUCAACCCAGGUGGCGGUAGCCAGGUCAAGGUUUGCAAUGCCAACUCCGAUGUCACACUGACCCUGUGCUCGGGUACAUGCUAG